AGAGAGCAGUUUCUGGAAUCUCAAUAUGGCGCUGGUGAUCUACUGGUACGAUUUCAUCUGCUUCGCCAUUGUAGCAGGAGCUCUCUUAUUCUCUCUGUGGAUGCUCAGGAUGAAAGAAGGUAGCGGCAAAGGCGAGUACGACCAGACCAUGUACGAAAGCCUCUUGGUUGCUCACUCGGACCGUGAUGGCUUUGAGGCUGAGGGUUUUCUCAGGCGCUCCGGUCAUCUCGAGUCUACUCAGCUUUGGACUACAUGCUGGCGAGGACUUCACCCUGUAUGCCUCUUGGCUCUUCGAAUUCUCUCCGCUGCCAUCAUGGCCGCUCAUAUGCUGUGGGACGUCCAUAAAUACGACACCAGCAUCUUCCUUUAUUAUACCGAGUGGACUUUUACAUUGGUCAUUAUCUAUUUUGCGCUUGGCACCGUUAUAUCUGCCCAUGGAUGCUGGACAUGUUCAAAGAAACCUGAAUAUGAAGAAGGUGAUCAUUUACUGAAAAGAGAUACAGAAGAGUUUAAUAAAUCAAAAACCUCAACAUCUUCCAGAACAAACAAAAUCAAGGGUACCAUAAAGUUGCAGAGUCAUCAGGAGCAGGAGACUGAGCAUAAGGCUGGAUUUUGGGGAUAUCUAAUGCAAGCUAUUUAUCAGACUUGUGCAGGUGCUGUACUGCUCACAGACAUUGUCUUUUGGUUUAUUAUAGUUCCAUUUUUGUCAACUGAAACUUUUAGACUUAACCUGUUGAUGGGGUGCAUGCAUACUCUCAAUGUUGUUUUUCUUCUCCUUGACACCGCUCUUAACAGGCUCCCCUUCCCUUGGUUCCGGUUUGCGUAUUUCGUGCUCUGGAGCUGUAUCUAUAUCACUUUUCAAUGGGUUCUUCAUGCCUGCGGCGUUACAUGGUGGCCUUAUGCUUUCCUUGAGCUCUCUACUCCAUGGGCACCACUAUGGUAUUUCAGCUUGGCUGUGAUUCACAUUCCUUGUUAUGGUAUAUAUGCACUAAUUGUAAAAGCCAAAAAUGCAACUUUCUCUAAGUUCUUCCCAUACGCAUACGUAAGGCCAAAUUAGUUUCUUGAUUUACUUCUGAUGUUAACCAUAACAUAGAAAAGAUCUAUAUUAUACCAGGGCUGGAUUCAUACUAUUUUGGAUGGGAGUAAGUAGAAGCUUUUUAUGUGCUACUGCUUACCCCUUUGAAUGAAAAACAAUGUAAUAUACAAGUUCUGGGUGAAAAUUCCAUCAUUGCCUGCUUGGUUCUAA